UUCGUAGAGUUAUAAGCAAGAUACAGGGCUCACAAUUCUUUGUCAUGUAAACAAGGCUCGUGCCUUGUUUUUGUUUACAAAGGUACAAUAUACCAGUAAAAAAUAUUUUUCUAGCUUAUUUGUCUAUCUUUUCAUUUAUUUUAAGAAUAGAUAAACAGUUUCUAACAUUUGACAUAUUUGUUUAGGUUUAAAACUGAAUUUUUUACUUCAACGUUCAAAAUGUACACAAAGCUUUGUUUACAUGGCAAAGAAUUUCAAGCUCUGCAACUCGCUUAUAACUCAACAAAUGACACUCAAAUUUCGGUUGCCCAUAAAAAAAUGCCUUUCUGAAGCAUUGUAAAUAUUAAAUUCGGAAAAACAUUUUUUGACCAAAAUCGUGACCAUGCCCCUUUAUUAAGCUUAACUUGAAAUAUGUGCUUGUCAGUUGGAUAACGAGUGAAAGGUGCUACAGUACAUAUGGAAGCCUCUAUCAUUUGUCAAGUAGAAAAUCUCGGCUUCAUUAAACGGUCUCCAUACAUCACCGUUAAAAGCUUUAUAUGGAUCCUUUCUUUGUUCCGUCUCUAGCUUCUUAAAUUGGCGUCUUUCUUUAAGUACACAUUACAUGUCACCCAGAUUCAAAACGGAGAAGUGACAGCAUCCUUGCAUGGAACGGUCCAUGGCUUCUGCUUUCUAUUUUGCCAUUGAAUGGCUUCACUUCCCCGUCUAGGCUUAGUCAAACUUUUAAGUAAUCAUUCAAAAUCCAUUUCUAUAUAUAAACUGUUGUCCACGUAAAUGGAGGCGGUCAGAAGCUUUUCUCCGUGUCAUGUCUCUAUUCAUUUCGUUUCACUGGAUACGGAAAUGGUGGAUAUAUUAAGAAGAAUUACGGUAACUUCAAGUCUUAGCUAAUCGCUGCAUACGAUUCCUUCGCGGCGAUCAGAAAGGAACGUUUUUUCCCCAUCUAGUCUGGCGGCGUCAAUCGCUUCUAGCGUGUUUCUUGCUUAUGUUCAUCUCUAUUUCCUAACCUGGAUGAAGUUCGAGUGGCAGCGAGGAACAGGCUCUACAUUUCCUGAUUAAAAGAGAUGUUUUUUUCUUUUGUCUCUUCUUACGUCAUAAAACAUUUGUGUAAAUUAGCACCGAAAGCGACAUUUUCUUCAGGUGUGUUAGAGUUUGGACUUCGGUUGUUAUUUUCGUCUUGGAAUUUUCUGGUUUGAAUUCAAGAAGUUGGGUCGGAUUCUCGUCAGUGUUACAGCGAAAAUUUAUUUUUGUUUUAAAUGCGUUUGUCAACAGCUUGAUCGAUGACAUUGAACAUAAGUACAUUGGUCGGUGCUGGACCGCUCCCGGAGAACGAUCAUGUCUUUUUUGGGCAAAUUCUUCCUGGGCUAGGAUCAGUUCCAGGAGAUGAUACAGACGAUGUUCACGAUCCGCCUCCCUCCUCGGGAAACUCUGAUAAUGGAAACUUCCGAAAGUGCUUCACGACUGCGGAUUGCGAAGUACACAACAGUUCAUCAAGGGGUAUACAAGAGGACGUUCACUGCGCGGACCAUGCCGGCCGGGGGUACAAAACGUGCUUCUGUGUGUCCAUUUUGAAGGAGACUGACAAGGAUGGGUCCUGUGAAACUCCUGCUACCAUAUCAUCACAAAAGGUCAGAGAUUCCGGAUUCUUCGUUUCUGUUGGCAACAAUGUCACCACCAACUCAAACAGAACCCAGAACAACCUUGUACUAUCAGCUGAAGAGACACAGACUCUUCUCCAAAUCUUUAUCCCCGUAUCUUUCAUUGUUACUCUUCUCACAAUACUUAUUCUCGUUUUCGCGCGAAAAACACAACUUUGUCAAAGAAAGAAAAAGAGAAAAGACGUCAUAAUCCGGAACAAUGAAGACAUUCAGUUAUUAGAUAGAAUGAACUUUGUGAACAAAAAUCCAACAUAUUUUAUGACGUCACAAGACAAGUCCGAGGAGAAGAAAAUUUCAAUUAAGGAGAUUCCAUACGAGAGGGUGAAGAUUAUUGAAACCGUAGGGGAAGGGGCCUUUGGUCACGUGUAUAAGGGUUUAUAUUACACCCCAGAUAGUCCGGAUGCUACAAACGUUGCUAUAAAAAUAUUGAAAGAGGGUGUGUCGAAUGAAGUUAAGGAAGAUUUUGAAAGAGAAGUGGAAAUCAUGAGCAACUUCAGCCAUGAUAAUAUCCUGAGUCUUCUUGGUGUAAUUACAAAAGAUGUUGGAGAUUCUCCCUACAUGAUCUUUGAGUACAUGAUCCAUGGUGACCUAGCAGAACUUCUUCGCAGAAAUGACCCGGUGAUGCGGAAAAACGAAAAUGACUUCAAGCUGCAAAAGAAUGACCUCAUAGACGUAGCCCUGCAAAUAGCCAAUGGGAUGAAGUAUCUGACGUCCCAACAUUUUGUGCACAGAGAUUUAGCCACAAGAAAUUGUCUUGUUGGGGAUGGUUUAAUUGUGAAAAUAUCCGAUUUUGGAAUGGCGCGAGAUGUCUACACGCACGACUAUUACAAGAUCGGGGGUUCAAGAAUGCUUCCAGUUCGUUGGAUGUCACCCGAAAGUGUCAAAUAUGGCUGCUUCACCAACGAGUCGGAUAUCUGGGCGUUUGGAGUGGUUCUUUGGGAGAUAUAUAGUUAUGGUAGACAGCCAUAUUAUGGACACUCCAACGAGGAGGUUGUCCGGUUCCUGGACGAAGGCAUACUUUUGCAACGACCGGAAGAAUGUCCGUAUAUCGUCUACCACAUAAUGUUAAGUUGCUGGAAAACUGACCCUAAAGACAGACACUCGUUCAUUAGAAUUUACAAGCAUCUGACUGACUUCAGUAAGGAGAUCCUGAAGAGUAGUUCUAACUGCAGUAUCAAUGUUUCUGAGACGCACGACGUUUGUUAAACGUACGCUGUGACCCAGAAUAAUGCUGACGAUAAUGUUGCGCGCCAAAUGGUGUAAUUGUUGCGCUUUGUUACAUGUAUAUAUAUUCUUUAUUAUUAACAGUGUAAGUGAAUCACUUAUACAAAAGAACCUACCAAAUCCCUUAUACGAAGUGUAUGUGAAUUUUGUAUUAUUUGAAUUUCUUUUCCUUUACAAUUUGACAUAACUUAUUUUGAGACAUUUCAAAUCAUUCACUGAAUACAAGGCCAUGGGAGAACAUAUAAAUAGUGUCUCCCUCAUUAUUCUCUAUACUUCCUCAGAGUGUGUAGUUUUAUAUCUUGCUGUAUAGUUAUAUAUUUGGUGUUAUUUUAUCUCUUUGCUGUCAUAACAGGUCAGUUUUUUUAAACAUUUUGUUGUCUUCAUGUUAGUCACAAUUUUUACUAAUAGAUAUGAGUUGGUUUGUUACAAAUUAGUUUCCUAUGUCUACUUUCGCCAAACGUAAAUAAUUUUAAACGAUGUUUCAUAAUUUUACCAUUAUUUAUCAUUUCAUUAAAAUCUCUCUAACGCCUACACGAAGCUUGAUUUACAUAAAAGUGAUUCGAUUUUUUUUAUGUGCUCUAAUUGUUACAGACAUAUAUUUGAAAAAAAAAUAACUUUUAGAUUUGAUGAAGUUAUUUACAUUAUU